AUGCUUACCAUUGCAACUUUGCACGUUGCACUGCAGGUUUUCGGAGCUGUCAGCCCGAGUCAUGCAGCCGCUGUCACGUUGGAACACCGUUCGGCUCGUGACGGUAACUCUGUAGCAGUCCCAGCCAAUUGGGACGUCUACGGGUACCUGUUCAAUGUUACUGUCGGCUCUCCACCACAAAAUAUCACCAUGCUCAGCGACAUGACGUGGAUGGCUCCUUUUGUCCGAUCGGGACGUUGUCUGGGACAAUUCAACCCCGAGCUCUGCGUUGCUCAAAGCCAAUCGUUCUUCAACGAACAUGACUCAACAACGUUCGAAAAUACUACCUUUGCACAAGCAACGUGGCCUGUCACUGCAUUCGCGCCAAACUUUACCGUUGACUAUGGAAGGGACAAGUUUUGCAUUGGAGAGAUCUGCAACAAAGACACUCUAAUGCAGGUUUCCGACUUCCCCUACCCAGGCAGCGUUGUCCCUGUCAUUCCCUUUGGAGGAAUCUUUGGCCUAGCCCCCACACCAGAGGCCAUCACUGCGACGUCCGAGCCCGUCAACUUUCAAGCCUGGAAGAACGGCAAGAUGGGACCUCUGGUUGGUUGGCAUACAUGCGAGGUACUCAAGUCAGCAGCAACCUGCCAGGGGGGCGAUGCGCAGCUAGUGUUUGGCGGUACGGAUACUACAAUGUACAGCGCCAAAAAGCUCCAGUCGUACGAGAUACAGAAUCCCGAAUGGCUCAGUGAUGCCUUUUACCCAUCAACACCACCUCGCAGCAACUAUUGGAGUACGUCCUUGACAGGAAUGUGGAUCAGGACUGAUAAGUUGUCCAAGAACUAUGCUGUCCCAUUCAAGGCCGUCAAGACUGCUAAGCGUACACCCCCACUCGCUGUCGUGGACGAAGGAUCUGAGGGACUAGGAGCACCCCUGUCUCUGAACGGGUACAAGUACCUGGUCAGACACAUCAAAAGUGCCAAACUUGCAUCCAAGGCAAUCGUCCAGAACAUUCAGCAGCAGGGAUCAUCGGGAUAUAACACGGAAGACCAAGAUUGGUACACCGUUGCUUGUGACGGUUUACACGAAUAUCCCGAUCUGGUAUAUCAACUCGAUGGCCGAAAGAAGUACACGAUUUCUGCAGGUGAUUACGUAACCAAGCUGACAGACAUGCCUGGGUCUGUCUGCUAUCUCAAUAUCAAUGUUUGGAAAUACGGGCGCACGGAGAAUGGAGACGCAAGGGUUGUUCUUCUGGGUAGGGCAUUCCUCAAGAGGAAGUAUCUUGUUCUCAACUUCGAAGAUCGCUCGUUCGGCCUUGCACCUCUGCGUACGGGAUGA